CCCCAAACUGAAGCUGGAGGGAGCAGGGGUCCUGCACGCGCGCCCGGGUCUCCGGAGCGAGCUCUGAAGCAGCGUGCUGGUAGCGGCCUUGGCAGCUGAGCGAGAAAAGAGACGCGUGGGAGUGUGUGAGGACUGUUAACAAGGAUAAGACGCGUGGCAAGAAGCAAAUUAAAAAAAAAAAAAAAAAAAGGCCGCGCCACAACCCAUCACACCCCAACGGAUCCUAACUUAUGUUACUGCGAAGGCACCGGGAUCGUACUCUCCAGCUGGUGCCUCACGCCCCAGGGACUUAAAUCAGCUGGGGCGGGAAAGGGUGGGGCCAGUGGCGCGGGAGGCGGGGCGUACAGCGGCGAGGGCGGCGGCGGCGGCCGAGACCCAGACAUCUGGGACUGUUGUUGUUCUCUCGCCGCCGGACCGCUUCAGUCCGUUGGCCCAGAAAGAGACCCGGAGCUAGUCUGGUGGGGAGCGGGUGGCCGAAUCCCCCGUCUUUCCUGCUUCCGCAAAGCUGAGGCAGGAGCUGGUUCAGACACCUUGCGGUUGGUCUCCGAUGCCCUUCAGUGAGGAGGGGGCGUCAGAACCUUGGUGAGCGCAUCUCAGCCCCACCCCCAACUCAGUGUCUUCGCCGGCCCCCAGGCCCUCACACCUCAGUCCUGCUGCCAUGGCUGAAAACGCGGAGGGAGACCUGAACUCCAACCUGCUCCACGCCCCCUACCAUACCGGUGAUCCUCAGCUAGACACGGCCAUCGGGCAGUGGCUCCGUUGGGAUAAGAAUCCCAAAACAAAAGAGCAAAUUGAAAAUCUGUUACGGAAUGGGAUGAACAAGGAGCUACGAGAUCGUCUUUGUUGCCGAAUGACUUUUGGGACGGCGGGACUUCGUUCUGCUAUGGGGGCAGGAUUUUGCUAUAUUAAUGACCUUACAGUAAUACAGUCAACACAGGGAAUGUACAAAUACCUUGAGAGAUGCUUCUCAGACUUCAAGCAGAGAGGCUUUGUCGUCGGGUAUGACACCCGGGGUCAAGUAACUAGCAGCUGCAGCAGCCAGAGACUUGCUAAACUCACUGCUGCAGUCUUAUUGGCCAAAGAUGUUCCUGUGUACCUUUUUUCAAGAUAUGUUCCUACGCCUUUUGUACCAUAUGCGGUCCAGGAGCUCAAAGCAGUUGCAGGUGUGAUGAUUACUGCUUCUCACAACCGCAAAGAAGACAACGGGUACAAGGUUUAUUGGGAAACUGGUGCCCAGAUCACAUCUCCUCAUGACAAAGAAAUUCUGAAAUGUAUAGAAGAAUGUGUGGAACCUUGGAAUGGUUCCUGGAAUGAUAAUUUAGUGGAUACCAGCCCACUGAAGAGAGAUCCUCUGCAGGACAUUUGCAGAAGAUACAUGGAAGAUCUUAAAAAGAUCUGUUUUCACAGGGAAUUAAAUUCAAAGACCACCUUGAAAUUUGUACAUACAUCUUUUCAUGGGGUCGGACAUGACUAUGUGCAGCUGGCUUUUCAAGUGUUUGGUUUUAAGCCUCCUAUUCCAGUACCAGAACAAAAAGAUCCUGAUCCAGACUUUUCUACUGUUAAAUGCCCAAAUCCUGAAGAAGGAGAAUCUGUGCUGGAACUUUCUUUGAGACUAGCAGAGAGAGAAAAUGCCCGGGUAGUGCUAGCCACAGAUCCUGAUGCAGACCGACUGGCAGUAGCAGAACUUCAGGAGAAUGGUCAUUGGAAAGUUUUCACAGGGAAUGAGUUGGCAGCUUUGUUUGGGUGGUGGAUGUUUGAUUGCUGGAAGAAAAAUAAAUCAAGAAAUGCUGAUGUGAAGAACGUUUAUAUGUUAGCCACCACAGUCUCUUCCAAAAUUUUGAAGGCAAUUGCACUUGAAGAAGGAUUUCAUUUUGAAGAAACAUUACCAGGUUUUAAAUGGAUUGGAUGUAGGAUAAAAGACCUCCUGGAAAAUGGAAAAGAAGUCCUUUUUGCAUUUGAGGAGUCAAUUGGUUUUCUGUGUGGAACUUCAGUUUUGGACAAAGAUGGGGUGAGUGCAGCCGUUGUUGUUGCUGAGAUGGCAGCUUACCUGGAAACCAUGAACAUAACAUUGAAACAACAACUGAUUAAGGUUUAUGAAAAAUAUGGUUAUCACAUUUCAAAAACGUCCUAUUUCUUGUGUUAUGAUCCGAUUACCAUCAAAAGUAUAUUUGAAAGGCUUCGCAAUUUUGAUUCUCCAAAAGAAUAUCCAAAAUUUUGUGGGACAUUUGCUAUAUUGCACAUACGGGAUGUUACCACUGGAUAUGACAGCAGCCAGCCUAAUAAGAAAUCAGUGCUGCCUGUGAGUAAAAACAGCCAAAUGAUUACAUUUACUUUUCAAAAUGGCUGUGUGGCUACUCUUCGGACAAGUGGGACAGAACCCAAGAUAAAGUAUUACGCAGAGAUGUGUGCAUCACCAGAGCAGAGUGACACUGCCUUACUAGAAGAGGAAUUGAAGAAACUCAUUGAAGCUCUGAUUGAGAAUUUUCUUGAGCCCAGUAAAAAUGGACUGAUCUGGCGUUCUGUUUAGUGCACACCAGUACAUCAUUUCUUUGCACUGGCACAUGGAACAGAACAGCAAAGAACUCCAUGUGUUGACGUCAUAUGAGCAUUCUCUCCCUAUCUCCUCUGGCCAAGUAUCCUUUUACUUUUAUUUUCUUUCUUUUGGUUGGCUGACUAAACAAACUAUCAAUUUGAAAUGCAAUGGUCUGGAGAGAAAUGAUUCAAAUUUUUUCAUAAUCUUGAACAAAAGUCAUUGCAUUAAAAGUAUUAUAGUGACACGUUGUUCUUCCUUUAACAGAAAAAAAACAAUACAUAAGUGAGUUUUCUUAUUUAAGUGUGAUUAAGCUUAGUUCCAUAUUAUAAUUGUGUAGAGCACGGUUUAAAAAAAAAAAAGGCAGAUAAAUGUUAUAUAAUUGUAGAGUUAGUUAAGGAAAUUAAUCUAUAAAAUUGACAAGAAAAUGGCAUUGCUCCCAUAAUACUGUGGGAAAGUGUCAUUGUUAUGUCACAGGUAUUAACUUACAAAGUAGAGUAUUUGAAAUAGGGUAUUUGCAUUUUUAGCUUAGAACCGAUGUUACAAUAUGUGGUUUCAGCUUCUCUUUUUCAGGUGCUCUUAAUGUAGUGUGAACUUAUUGUACGUAUUUAAAAUUCUGACUUUUACUGAACGUAAAACAAUAGUGGCAAUGCUCCUAGUGGUUUCGUUCUUGUCAGAUUUCUCAGUGCCUUCUCAGGGUAUGGUAUGAAUUAAAACAGUGUUCCUGCAUUGAAUAUAAUUUAAUCAGCCAAUUUUCAGACAGUUGAGGAAAUCUUCCAAACUAUGUAGGUGCUCCCCCUCUAUAGCAAAUAAAUUUGCCCUUUAAAAAAAUUUUAUGAAUGCAAAUAAAAAUGUUAAUAAAAGCAAACUCAGUGUAACUAUACUGAAGGAUCUUCAUGUUAGAAUUCAGGGUCAGUAAUCACAGCCUUCAAGUAAAGAAAAAAAUCUGAACUGAGAAAGGAGCUCUAAAUUUAUUUAAAUGUCUAACUUUGGAAUUACAUUUUUAUAAGUAGAUUUAUUCCUUUAUCAGAUGAAGUAAUGCUAAUUUUACUAAGAAAUAAAAUAUCCAGAUUUUAGGUAUUAGAAUAACACUAAAACUACAUGUUUUAAAACUAAAUUCCAGUUUGUUCUAACAUCUUGCUGGCCACUGUAGAAUUUCUGAUCUCAAGAGUACUCUUUACCAAUUUGGAAAAAAAUUUUGGAAGGUCACUUUUGGUUGAUUCCCCAGACUUCUAAAAAAGUCUUAAUAGAGAAAUACCGUUUAAUCUUCUUAAAGUGUAUCCUGUCCUAUAUAACUCACAGAAUUAAUAAUUAAACCCAAGUGCUGUAGUUAAGAGGUAACAAUCACAAGGCCUUGUGUGUAAUUAUACUGAACAAAUAGCUAGUGGGAUAUAACUGGUAUUAGAGAAUUUAUUUCCUAAAAAAUAAUAAUAGCAUAAAAUUUAAACAUUUAUUAAAUAACAGUUUGGUUUAUUGCAGCUAUCAGCUAACAUUUGGUUGAACCCAUAUAGUCCAAGUAUAAUUUUCAAAUUAUUGUAUUGCCACUAUUGUUAAUUUGUUCCUUCCUUUCUUAUAGCUAGAUCUUGUAUGACUGUAGGUAAUAGCUAGCUAAGGGUAGAGCACCAUACUUCUGAAUGACAUUGUUUUCAAAGGCUUUGCACUAGGGAAAAUGUGUAUACUUUUUUGCUUUAUUGGCUUUAAGGAAUGUAGAAUGUGACUUAGGAGAUAGCCUAUAUUCUGCCAAGUAUUAUAAACAAUGCUAUAUAUAUCAAAAAUAUGUAUAUUUGGCUUUAGUGUCUGUGUUUCCAUGACUGAAGAACAAAGUGAAGCUAAAAUGAUAUGAUAGCCCAUUCAUAAUCACUAAAGCCAUGUCAUGAUUGUCAUUCUAUUAUAAAGAGAACAGUUUGAGUGCUUUAAUAUAAUACAAUGUUUAAGUCAUCUUAAUCAAGGUGAAAAGUUAUGAAAACUUAGGUUAUCUCAAAAAUUUAAAAAUCCAAAGUUAAAAUUAACAAAAUUUUACAAACGUUCCUGAAAUGUAUAGAUUGAGGGAAUUAUUAGAUUCUAGCCAAGCUCUCAAGUCUAUGUGUAAGCAUGGUAUUUUAACAUGAACUUGACAUAGUGGGUAUACAGUGGCCUAAUAGAAUAAAUCAGUGAUCCAAGUCAACCAGGAAGGGCAGAGGUGCUGGCCCAUGAGUCUCAGCCUUGGGCUCUACAUUGUUUAGCUUUUUCUUUAUGAAUUAUAUCACAAAAAUGAAUGCAUUCUCCUUGAGUAUAUAGAUCAAAACUGGGCUUCUCUAGAGUUUUGGGGAAAAGGAACAAACUAGUGGGGCAAGGUCAAAGAAUACAUUGAAAAUAAG